AUGUCGAGCAAAGCCGCGCUCAAGGCCGUUCGAAGUGCUUUAGAUGCGAAGAAAUUCGCUGAUGCAGCUGAGCAAGCUAAAAAUCUGGUGUCGCAGGACCCCCAAAAUUACCAUGGACAUGUCUUCCUCGGCCUUGCAAACGAUAAACUAAAUAAAGUUGAUGAGUCGGAGGCAGCUUAUCUAGCUGCGACACAGCUUAAACCUGCCGAUCGCACUGCCUGGCAAGGGUUAAUUUCGCUGUAUGAAAGAGCGGGCAGUCAGAAGCUAGACAACUAUCGCCAAGCGGUUCUCGAAUAUGGCCAAAUAUUGGCUAAAAGUGAUGGUGAUGAAAAAGAACGUUGUCAAGAUAUGGUGGACAGAUACACCAAGCUCGCCAAGAAAUGCGGUUCGAAAGUCGAAUACAAGCAAGCUUUAGAGAUACAAUUACCGACCUAUCCUCUCUACGACUUCCUCGAAGGACGUCUACCUCACCCCUCGCAUACCUACCUCCGCCUGAUCGAGCUCACUGAAUCCGAAGAGAAAGAAUACGUCAAUCGUGAGAUUGGAGAACGAAGAACUCGCCUGGGAGCCCGAAUUGAGCAGGUUACACAGGAGGUUAAGAGAGAAGCAUUCAAGAAGAGCAAACUAGAAGAUCUAUACCGAGGUAUUAUCGACUGGUCGAAUGAAGAUGCGGUCCGCAGAGAGUACGAGGAGAAGCUGAUCCUGCGCGGAUGCGACGAGCUUGAAGUUCUGCCCGUUAAAUUCAAGAAGUCAAAAAGGAAGGAAAUCAUUCGUGCCUCGCAUGAUAUGAUCAUUAUUCAACAUCCUUUCCAGGCUGCUUGGGAUAUAUUCCUAGAAUGGAAUGAUUUAGGAAACUAUUCUGAGUGGGACGUGGCCAUUGUACGAAAAUACAUUGAAUUCUUCCCCGAUUCUGGCUUGGGCAAGGUUUUGAAAGGCUUCCUGACCAGUGAACUAUCCCCUUUCCCGCAAGAAAAAGCCGAGGAAAAGGACGAUGAUGACGAAGAAAAUGCUUCAGCAAAGAAGGAAUUAGAGGUCAUUGAAAGCCAGGAUGCCGCUGCCGAUAGGUUAAUUCUCAUGGUUGAAGGUCUUGAAUCGGCCCGCACAUCUUGUCUGGCCCACCGAAUUAUGUCUGACCUCUAUCUCUCAAUCGAAGAGCAUGAGACUGCAAUUGAGGUGGCUCGGAAGGGUCUACUGAACGCUAAAGAGCUCGUCAGACGUUAUGACCUACCUUUCCAGAACACAUUCGAUUCCAUCAACAUCAUACUCGCCAAUUCCUUGAUCCACUAUCAAUCUCCUAGACACCAUCCAGAGGCAAAGUCCAUUUUUGAAGAGAUCCUCCAGCGAAAGAAAACCUCAACAACCUGUCUCCUCGGUGUCGGGUUGAUCUUGAAGGUGGACGAAGAUUACCCCGAUGCAAUUAGAUUCUUGCAGCGUGCCCUAGAGCGAGAUAACUCGAAUAUCAAGAUUCGCGGAGAACUGGCUUGGUGCAAGGCAUUAAAUGGUGACCUUGAAACUGGUCUCAAUGGCCUCCAAGAUGCCCUCGAGCGUUUGAACGAAGAACAGCCUGAAAAUAAAACAUUCAAGGCCGAGCUACUCUACGGUAUCGGGCAUUGUCAAUGGGAGCUAGAUUCUUCCGUUGAGGCUAGAAAAGACCGCAAGGGUGCUUAUGCCAGCUUCCUUGCAGCGAUCAAAACCAACAUGAACUUUGCGCCGGCGUAUACGAGCCUUGGUUUCUUCUACGCUGAAUACAAAAAGGACAAGGCUAGAGCACAUGCGUGUUUCCACAAAGCGUUCGAAUUAUCUCCACUGGAGACUGAAGCAGCAGAACGCCUCGCUCACGGGUUUGCGGACGUCAAAGAAUGGGACCUCGUUGAAGCUGUUGCACAGCGAGUAGUAGACUCUGGCAGGGCUAAGCCCGCUCCUGGGUCGAAGCGCAAAGGCUAUAGCUGGCCUUAUGCGGCUCUUGGAACCGUGCAGAUCAACAAACAGCAAUACUCUAAGAGUAUUGUUUCAUUCCAAGCUUCUCUGCGGGUCGCGCCGGGUGACUACCACUCUUGGGUUGGUCUAGCGGAAAGCUACCACCACUCCGGUCGAUAUAUUGCAGCCACCAAGGCUUUCCAACACGCACAAGAGCUGGAAAGCACUUUGUCGAGCAAAGACAAGGAGCAUGUUUGGUUUGCAAGAUACAUGACGGCCAACGUGAAACGCGAGCUUGGCGACUAUGAUUCUGCGAUCGCUGCGUACGAAGACGUCUUGAAUGUACGACCCCAUGACAUUGGCAACACAAUUGCUUUACUUCAGACGUUAGUCGAGAGCUCAUGGAAGAGUCUGCACUCAGGGUUAUUUAACGAGGCCGCAGACCGUGCAGCUAAAGCUAUUCUUGCGGCUCGUCCGCUUGUGGAAGUUGGCAGCAAUAUUUUCAAUCUAUGGAAGGCAGUUGGUGACGCCUGUGCCACUUUUUCGUAUGUCAAGAAGAAGAUGGAAAAGUUGCCUGUAUCUGAUUGCAAGACUUUACUGGCUACGCGCCUUGAUCCGGCAGCGCUAGAUAUCAUGACGGAUGUUGACGGAAUAGGUCAGGAGUGGCUUGAUGGUGCCGAUAACGACGACAGCACCUCAUCCAGUCCAUGUCACCAGCUGGCUAUCUUGGCAUACAAACGAUCCAUUCAUGUUUCUGCCCAUGACAGACAUGCACAGGCAGCGGGAUGGUACAAUCUUGGCUGGGCUGAAUACCGAGCUGACCGAGGUGUUCAACCAGACCCAAAGAGCAAGAGUAAGAAGCCUAGCAAAUUCUUAAAGGCGGCCAUCAGAUGCUUCAAGAGGGCAAUUGAAUUGGAGGCAGGCAACUCAGAGUUCUGGAACGCCCUUGGUGUCGCCACAGCAAGAAUGAGCCCCCGAGUCUCCCAGCAUGCGUUCGUUAGAAGUUUGCACCUGAACGACCGAAGUGCUCAAGUUUGGGCUAAUCUCGGUGCAUUAUAUCUCAUCAACAAUGACGCGCCACUCGCCAAUGAAGCUUUUACUCGUGCCCAGUCUACUGAUCCAGACUACUCACAGGCAUGGGUUGGGCAAGGAAUCUUGGCUGAAACUCUCUAUGGGGAUUUGAAAGAGACACGCGGUCUUUAUGAGCAUGCCUUUGACAUUUCACACUCAUCUGAUAUAAUCCCUAAGCGUCAAUACGCUCUCACACUCUUCGACCACCUUCUUUCUGACCCCUCAGCUUCUAAUGAGGUCUCCCAACUUAUCCAGCCUUUCUUUGCUCUCCAUCAACUAUGUGCCCAGAAUCCGUCAGACCUGCCCUUCAUGCACCUUUUGGCUUUGUUGGCCGAGAGAAUGGGCGAGACUGCUGAUGCCGAAUCUAGCUUGGAAGCUGUGUGCGCGGGCAUGGAAACCGAGUACGAUGAAACAGAGUCUGUGGAUGCGCUUGUGAGAUUCGCCCAGGCCAAUUCAGACUUUGCACGUGUUCUCCUCGCACGACAUGAGUAUGAGCGGGCGGCAGAAAAAGCAGAAACUGCACUGACGCUCACGGGCGACGAUGAUGUUGAGAAAAGUGACCCCGACGCUUGCACAAAGCUUCGUCUCUCCGCUCACCUGACAGCUGGCCUGGCGUAUUACUUCACAAAAUCAAUGGAUCAAGCCAUCGACAUGUUCCGUGAUGCUCUUCAAGAAGCGAACAACGCACCAGAUGUCGUUUGCCUUCUUGCUCAAGUUUUGUGGGCAAAGGGAGGUGAGGAAGAAAAGUCCGUCGCUCGCCAGCAGCUUUUCGACUGUGUGGAGAGCCAUCCAGAUCAUCUUGGCGCAAUUACUCUUCUCGGAGCUAUUGCCCUUGUGGAAACCGAUAAGGAUGUGAUCGAAGCCGUCGAGUCCGAUCUGCAAAAUAUGGUUACCCGCGAUGACAUUGACAUUCACGGCCGAGCCAAACUGCUCAAGCUCUUAACUAUGAUCUCGGCUAAGGGAUUCAACGAAGACGCCACGCUUCCUGAAGAGACACGCCUGGUCAAAGAAGCUACAUCGGCUAUUAUGAUGGCUCCUGGCCAACCACAGGGCUGGAUGGAGCUCUCCGACAUCUCAGAAUCUGCGUACCCAGCCGAAAUGGCCAUCAGUCGAGCUUUGCGUUGCGUGCCUCCUCACGGAAGCCUUGAUGCCGAUGAUCUCAGCAAGGCUCAUGCUCAAACUGGCAUGGUGAGUGAUGCUUUCAGGUCAAUCAUGGUUGCACCCUGGAGACAAGAUAGCUGGGAUGAAUUGAAUCACACCCUAUCGAGCACAGCCGCGUGA